AUGGAUCAUAUAGACCAGUCCCCUGGCGCACAAACCUCACCGCGCAUAACAAGCUCGCAACUAAAUAAACCUAUUACAGCGGAUCGUCAUAUCUUACCCAAUAGGCUGCCAUCAACAUCAGAUUCACCAUUCGCUGAACCACAAGUUAGCAACAGUGCCAACGUUGCCCCUUUCUCAGCAACUCAGACUACCAUAAGUCCAAAGUCGACAAAUGCUUCUUCGCUCAACAAGUUUGAAAAUGCGCCUCAUUCCUCAUUAUCAUCUACUUGUUCCUCCUCGAGAUCAAGAAGAUCUUCAGUGGGCAAUGCACCAUUGAGUCCGGAGAAUCUUAUAGACGUCAUGGAGAAGGAACAGGAAGGAAUAGUUUUGAAAUUAAUGAAGGAGAUACAAAAUUUGAAAGAAGAAAAUAAACAGUUAAAGCAACAACUGGCGAAGUUCAUGCCUGGAUCAGCCACAGGUUCCAAUUCAUCUGCUUCAAACUCCUCAUCCGUAAGUAGAUCGUCAAGUCAGCGACGUUCAACGAUCGGAGGAUCAGUAGCCAGCUCCAAAAGAUUACCCAGUAUCUCCACCACCGCACUAGGAAUUAGCAGUUUCUACGAAUCUCAGCCUUUUGAUCAGCCAGAUUUUCGAACAAGCAAAACACGUAAAAAAGGGGGAAAUUCACCCACAUUUGCAAACUACUCUCUCAAUUCUGUCGGAAGGAGAGACAGUUUCACUUCCGAUAAGGUUAUGGAGGAUAUCUCACCCUUGUGUAUCCCGGGUACAUCAACAAGAGACGACAACAACAACAAAAUGGACCAGAGCGCGUUAACUCAAGCAAGAUGA